AUGCUUCAAAACUCCCCUCCUGACGAACCCUCAAGCAGUUCCAGUUCCGAUGUGACAAAUCGUCGCAAAUCAUCCAAGACAACACAUGAAGAGAAAGGUCUGAUACGGUCAGUUCUAGAACAAGAACACUUUUCAGAUGAAGAGGGGAGCUAUCAUUCUGAUCAUGACUCGCAUGGUCAAAUUGGCUCCGCUCGAACACCCUGGUAUGGCACGACUGUGGUACUGUUAUCAGAGGUCAUGGGAACAGGGGUGCUCAGUCUUCCUUUUGCAGCGAGGACACUGGGGUGGAUAUGGACGUUAGUUGCAGUUCCAGUAUUUGCUGUAGUUGCAGCAUACUCCGGAUGGCUGCUGGCCUUUGUCAAGCGUGAGCAUAAGGACUUUGGAAGUUAUGCGGAUGCAUCCACAGAACUGUUGGGCAAUACAUUUGGGGCAUUUACCAGGGCUUGCAUGCUGGUCAAUUGGGGCGCACUAGCAGUUUACUACAUGAUUGCCCUGUCAAAUGGAAUUGGUGAUUUGUUCCAGGGAAUGUGCGACUAUGAACGGACAAUAAUUGCUGCCUUUCUGCUGGUUUUGCCGUGUCAAUGUCGCGAUUUCUACAAUAUUUCCAAGUACUUGAGCGUCCCAUCUACCUUGGCAAUUGUACUGCUUCUUGUCACUGUCAUGGUAAACUUGUCAGAAGAUGAAACGGAGCCUUUUGCCCAAUCCACGUCACUGGAACCACUUCCGAAUACAAGUCUCUUUGAUUUCCUGGCGGCACUUUCAGCAUUUGUGUUUGCAUACCAAGGUCAAUCUAUCUAUUUGGAACUGAUGUCAGAGAUGAAGGACUCUAGUCAAUUUCCAAUGGCUUGUUCUUCAGCCUACUUUUGCAUGUGCAUUGUCUACGCAGCGACGGUUGUCGUUGCCUAUGGUGUCAAGGGUUCAAGUACGCCCGAGUUUUUGCCAGACUCGAUGCAAGAUGGAUUGGCAAAGAGAAUAGCAGGCGCAUUGGUCAUCUUACACAUUGCAGUAUCCUACGUUAUUUGUUGUCAGCCUCUUCAUGAUUGGUUGCAUUCCACGAUAUUCCCACGGACCUAUCAUGACGAAUCAAGGCUUGGAUCAAUGCAUUGGUUCCUCAUCACGACUGGAUAUUUGGUAUUUGGCUUUGUAGUCGGCAAUCUAAUUCCAUUCUUUGCCGACGUCCAAGCGCUGAUAGGAUCACUGUUUGGGGCUCCCACUAUCUUUGGCUGGCCUGCCAUCUUCUUUGCAAUGAUAUAUCGACGAAAGGCGACGUCAUGGCAAGAGGCUAUCUCGCUCAUGGGCUAUGGCCAUGCAUUUGUUUGCGGUAUCUUCUUGUUCAUUUGCACACCUCUAUUUUGCAUACUCGGCACGACUGGAGCUGUGCAGGCAAUCAUUGAAGACUCCAAAGAAGCAAUGAAUCCAUUCCAAUGUAGUUAG